CAUCUAUUGAUGAAAAUGGCUAUUAUGGGAUUAUUCCAUAUAUUGCUCCAGAAAUAUUUCAAGGGCGAAAAAGCAAUAAAUAUACAAAAGCCUCAGAUAUCUAUAGUUUUGGUAUGAUAAUGUGGGAAAUAAUGGCAGGUAGAAGGCCUUUUUGGAAUUUCCAAGAUUCUGAUACAUAUCUAAUUAUUCAAAUAUGUGAUGAGGUUAUUAUUGAAUUUAUUGGUAAAAUUAUUUUGAAUGAAAAAAAUAAUCAAACUAAGAUUAUUAACUCGCCUGAUAUUGGACCUGUGAGUAAAGUAACAAGUAUAUCUGUAGAAUCAACAAGGAGUUUAAGAAGUCAAAGUAUAUUUGGCAAAAGAAAAUCUGUCGAUAGUGACAAUGAAGAAAACACAAAAAAAGUCAAAUUCAAUGAGAAUAAUUGCAAUAAAUCCGAUCAAGAUUAUAUUUCUAAAGAACUGGAUUUUGAUAUAUGA